UCUCUAGAAUCCAUCAAUGAAGCUUCAAGCUUCUGAACUUCCCUUAGGGAAACCUCAAACAAGAAGAAGAACACCAAAAUUUGCUCCACUUGUAGCCCUAACGGUACUUUUGACAAUCCCUUUGUAUUACCCCUCUAUUAAAGAAUCACAUAGAAAAAUAUCCGAAGCUUGGCAUUUAUAUGAAUAUUUAGAGGAUUCUGUUACACCAAAUAUUGAUUUAGAUCCUCCUCCGAAGGAAUAUAAUCAAGAUUGUUCGCUUGAAGUUUAUACGCAGCGGUGCAAUCCUAGUGAAGGAGGAGCCGCGGUGGAGCCAACCAUCACCAAAAGGGAUAAUGUGGAUGUGGAGACAACGCCAAAAUUUAAUGAAAAUGAGCCGGAGGCUAAGAACUUGAAAGAAGAAAAUCAGAUAACGAAGGCAACAUCAAAAUUGAAUGAAGAAGAAUCGGAGGCUAAGAAUUUGCUGGAAGAAAAUCAGGAAACGAAUCCACUGCCGCCACCAAGCUCCUUCAAGGGCGAAAUGACAGCCCACCAUGAGAAGGUAGCUAGAAAAAGAACAGAAAGGGAUAGAAGGAAAAAAUCUAGACGCUCCUCCCCAACAUACUUAACACCGCCAAAAGUUUCGGAAGAAAAAUUGAAGAGAGCGAGUAGUAGUAAUAAUAAUAAUGAUCGAAGCAUGGUACGAUCAGAAGUGUUAGAUUACGAAAAUUGUGAUUUAUUUUCUGGGGAAUGGGUGCCAAAUCCAGAGGGUCCAUAUUACACAAAUAUGACAUGCGAUGCAAUUCAAGAGCAUCAAAAUUGCAUGAGAUUUGGUAGGCCUGAUGAAGGAUUUCUCGAGUGGAGGUGGAAACCCGAUGCUUGUGAAUUACCUAUAUUUGAUCCUGAUCAAUUUUUGGAACUUGUUAGAGGAAAAUCAAUAGCAUUUGUUGGAGACUCAGUGGCAAGAAAUCAUAUGCAGUCUUUGAUUUGCCUCCUCUCUAGGGUUGUUUAUCCUCUAGACCUUUCAGAUCCGACCGAUCAAAACAAGCGCUACAAGUACUCUGACCACAACUUCAACAUAUCCAUGUUUUGGUCUCCCUAUUUGGUAAAAACUGAGAAAACCAAUCCUAAUGAUGUCACACGCCCUUUUAAGCUAUUUCUCGACGAGUUUGAUGAACAUUGGGCUACCCAAAUCCAAUAUUUCGAUUACGUAAUAAUCUCCGCUGGCCACUGGUUCUUCCGCCCUACCUACUUCUACCUCAACCACCGUCUAGUAGGCUGCCUCUACUGCCCCGAGGACAAUAUCAGCCACCUGACUUCAUACUUCAGCUACCGGCGUGCUUUCCGAACAGCAUUUCGGGCAAUAAAUGACGCGAAUAAUCCCAAGGGCGUAACAUAUCUCAGAACGUUUGCACCGUCACACUUUGAAGGCGGGCCGUGGGACAAAGGUGGAGAUUGUGCUAGGACUAGGCCAUUUAAAAGGAAUGAGACGGUUUUGGAGGAUUUUAGUCUGGAAAUGUAUAUGAUUCAAUUGGAGGAAUUAAGGAUUGCACAGAAAGCAGCGAGACGAAAUGGGGUGAAAAUUAGGUUGUUUGAUGCUACAAAGCCUAUGUUAUUGAGACCAGAUGGACACCCAAGUAAAUAUGGACAUUGGCCUGUGCCGAAUGUGACAUUGAUUAGUGAUUGUGUACAUUGGUGUUUGCCUGGACCAAUUGAUUCUUGGAAUGAUUUCUUGCAAGAGUUGAUGAAAAGGGAAAUACAGAAUGAUAGAUAA